UUUUUGUAACUUUAAACAAGACAGUCGUGUUAUAUCAUACAGUCGUCAUGUCUUUUAAAGAUAAGGUUGCUAUAGUAACGGGAUCUGGGUCUGGUAUGGGUGCAGCAACGGCGCUUCUCUUUGCUGAAGAAGGAGCUCACAUUGUGAUAGUGGACUUCAACGAAGAAAGAGCCAAAAAUACUGCAAAAAGUUGUAAGAAACUUGGAAACAAAGUACUUGUCAUCAUCGCUGACGUCUCCAAAAAAGAAGAUGAUGAGAAAAUAAUUAAUGAUACGGUUGAAGCCUUUGGAAGAAUUGAUAUUUUAGUAAACAACGCUGGGACUGUGAAGGUAGGAAAAAUCCUGGAUGGAACCCUUAUAGACACGUUCGAUGAAGUUGUAAAUACUAAUCUGAGAGCUGUGGUUGUGUUGACCAGUCUAGCUGCACCUCAUUUGGCAAAAACCAAAGGUUGUGUGAUAAAUACGUCAAGUAUAUUCAGUACUGCUUUCAGAUAUGGAAGUAUUUUCCCAUCAUACUGUGUCUCUAAAGCAGGAGUUGAUGCUUUUACUCGUGUCGCUGCCUUGGAACUUGCUUCAUCAGGAGUGAGAGUCAAUGCUGUUAAUCCUGGACCAGUCUACACAAAUCUUCUCAUCCACAAUGGACUCCCUGGCACUUGGGAAGAAUAUUCACAAUUUACUGCUUUAAAAAAAGGUUCGGACCCUAAAGAGGUUGGUAAUCUUAUUUUGUAUUUGGCCAGUGAUAAAGCUAAGAGUAUUACUGGUGUUUGUUAUGAAAUUGAUAAUGGAAUGAACCUUGUGUAGCUUGUUUAAGGUUGUCUAUUGUUUAUAU